AUGGAGGACAUUUAUUAUUACUUUAUUUAUUAAGAAGUUCAUUAAAAUAGAAUGGUAAUCAUAAUUUAGAAAAUAGGUGACAAGAACUGAUUUAUUAUAAAAAUUUCCUAAUGAAAGACUUCAAGCUAUAUAGUAUUGCUUUUAUUUUAAUUAAUUGUAGAGCUUUUAAUACCUAUUAUGAACAUCAUUCUGAAGAGCUUGAUGCUGUAUUCAAUGUAUUACAAUAUGUUAAUGAUGAAGGAGGAUUAAUUAGUUCAUUAUUAUCUGCAAAUUAAAUAAAUAAAGACAUUAAAAUUUAGGAUAUUUCAUUAUAUGCUUUGGCAGAUAAAAAUAUGAUUUUAGAUGAAGGCCUUUUUCCACCUGUUUUUCGGUAUUUUAAACCUUAAUUUAUUAUUAGUGGAUAAGAACCUUUAAAAGUGACAGUUCAUGAAGUCAAUUUAUCUAGUCUAGUAUAAGCUAUGGCAGUAGAAUCAUAAAAAGCAGUAGUUAAUAAAAAAGUUGAUGGAUUAAAUCAUAAAAGAAAAAAUGAUUCUUCUGAUAUUAACACUAAAGUUAAUUUAUCUAAACAACUUAAAUCCACUCAUCCAAUCUUUAAUGAUUCCUUAAAAAUAAUUAAUGAAAAUGAUUAAGCUUAAGACACUGUUAAUAAUGAAUCAAAAAAAAAAGAAGAUCCAGUAAUUAAGAAACCUAAAAUUGUAUUAAAGAGCAAAUAAUAAGAUUAAUCAAAAAAUUAAAAUCAAGCCAAAGAUUCUAACUUUCUCCCUAUCAUUGAAGAAUUUGUUAUUAAAAAUGAUCCCAUUAUUGAAGAACCUAUCAAAAAAAUUAACAAAAAUAACUAAGAAAUUCAGCCUUCUUAAACAUAAUAAAAUAAUAAAACUUCAAAACAAAAAAAUUUAACAAUAGGAGCUGGCUCUAUGAAGUUAGAUAACUUUUUUUUUAAAAAAUGA